GAUAUCUGGGGACCCGACCCGUUGAAUAUUUCAAAUUUUCAAUAUAUAUGGUGGCGUAGUUCUGAUUGGUUUUUGACUUUCUCUGCUCUCCAUUUCUGUCUUAUUCUUGGAAACUUCUUCCUUUUCUUCCUCAAAAUUAUUUGGGUUCAGUUUUCAAAGUUUCUUGGAAGCUUUGUGUUUCGCCAAUAAAAAUUGCUUUACGGUUUUGAUCAAGUUGAUUCUCCACCUCAGCAUGCCUACUAGCUUCAAAGAUUGGCUCAAAACCUUCUAUGUGGUCCUUGCCUUCUGUGCUGUGCUCUGCUUUGGCGCCCUUAAAAGUUUGCUCGUGGGCCCAGUUGCCGGUUUGAUACUGAUUUUGGGGAAUUUAGGGGUGAUUUUAGGCCUUUUCCCUGCACAUGUUGCGUGGACGGUUUACACCCUUCUCAAAACACAUAAGUUUGAUGCGCCCCUCAAAGUUGCAAUCUUGUUGGGGUUGCCUGCUUUAUUUGGUCUUUGGUUGGGGCUUAGCAUAGCUGGUAGUUGUCUUGUGGGAGUAGGGUAUGGCUUCUUUACUCCUUGGGUUUCGUCUUUCGAAGCCUUCAGACUUGAGGAUGAAUCGAAGAAGUUCUACCACUGCCUUGUGGAUGGGACAUGGGGAGUUAUCAAGGGAAGUUGCACCGUGGUUCGUGAUUUUGCGGACUUGUGUUAUCAUUCUUACCCGAACUAUUUGAAGGAGUUGAGAGAAAAUCCUGCUUCUAAUGAACUGCAGCCUCUAAGGUUCAUUCAUGUGCCUGCGUGCAUCAUUGUUGGCCUAAUGGGCCUGAUUGUUGAAAUCCCUCUUUACACAGCUAUCGCCAUAGUAAAGAGUCCGUUUAUGUUGUUCAAGGGGUGGCAGAGGCUACUACAUGAUCUGAUCAGCCGGGAAGGCCCGUUUCUUGAAACAGCAUGCAUUCCCAUUGCUGGUUUGGCGAUCAUUAUGUGGCCACUUGUUGUCGUAGGAAGCAUUUUGUUGGCCAUAUUCACAAGCUUUUUCAUUGGAUUGUAUGGAUCUGUAGUAGUAUACCAGGAGAGGUCGUUCAGACGAGGUGUUGCUUAUGUGAUUGCUAUGGUGGCAGAGUUCGAUGAGUACACCAACGAUUGGCUUUAUCUUCGUGAGGGCUCAAUACUUCCAAAGCCCCGAUAUAGGAAGAGAAAACCAUCCAGCUCAUCCGAACCUUCUGUUGGACGUAAUCAUUCUGUUCACGAGAGGUUUAGAUCUAUUUUUCCCGAAGCUCAUGCGGUGCUCGUUCCAACACUAACAGCAUCAAGAUCUGUUAGGGAGACCAUAAAAGAAGUGAAAAUGGUCCAGAUAUGGGGAAGCAUAAUGAAGGAAUGCGAAGUGAGGGGAAAGGAAUUAGUGGAUGCAGGCAUGAUUACACCAUCCGACCUCUCAGAUUGGUUAAAGGCAAAACAUUCAAACGAUGGUCCGGUUGUGGGCAUUGGAUUGCCUUGUUUCUCGUUGCUGCACACUCUUCUCGACUCCAUUAAAUCCGGAUCAAAUGGUCUGAUUCUGUUCGAUGGCACUGAGGUUAACCAUCUGAACAGACCUCAGGACAGGCUACUGGACUGGUUUUUCCAACCUGUCAUGGUCCUCAAAGAGCAGAUCCGGGCGCUGCGGUUGGAAGAAGGCGAGAUAAGGUACCUUGAGAAAGUACUGCUCUUCGGGGACAAAAUGGAUCGUGCUAAAUCCUGGGACAAUGGAAGCUUCGUCCCUCAGGAUGCUCUCCGAGCUGCACAAAUUGAGGGUAUCAGCCGCAGGAUGAUGGGAAUGAACAGAAGUAUAGCCAAGUUUCCAACUUAUAGAAGGAGAUACCGUCACGUUGUGAAGGAAUUAAUGGCUCAUGCCAGCGGGAAAGGGGGCUCGAAGAGAUCUGUUGCUCAUCCUUUAGCGAAAGACGGGUCCAUAAACUCUUCUAGAGCGAAGGAAGGCUCCACGAGAUCGAUGUCCUCGUCAAGGUCAGUUGCUUCCAUUGAGAUUGUCUGAGUGAAACUUGUUUCUACUUUCAAUUAGCAUAGUCCUCAUUUACAUAGGAUUUGCACAGUUUUUUGUGAAUGAUGUUGUUUCUUUUGUUGUAAUUUUGGAGAGUAUUAGGUAUACCGUGUACAUAUUGGUUGCUGAAACUACACUUGAGCAGUUAUUUAUUUUGUACUUCAUUCUUAUAUUAAUAUGAUGUAUAUGAAGCAAGAUGGAGAAGUAUAGAAGUAUUCUUGUAUAAUGUAUAUGAAUGUCUAUAUGAAAAUAUUAUGUUCUUUCUU